AAAUCAAUAAUAAGUAGUUUACUUCUGUCUCCAUCACGUAUGCCUCUAAAGUGAUCUCAUAUAUGGACUCCACGGACUAAUCAGUAGUUAAUUCCAGAACCGUACAAUGAAUGCCUGAGGCAGGGGCUCUGGAUCAUGCACGUCAUUACCCAGACCGGACUAGUGCGGGGGGAAGCUCCCCCGGAAUAAUUGAGGCCCCGAGUCCCGAGGGGGUUCCAUGAUCAUCGACCGUCGCUUGAGAACAACAUAGUCGAGAAGAGGACGUCAGUCAGUCACAAGAGCGUACUAGAGACACUUCGGUGCAGAUUACAUUUCGUCCAAAGCAACGCCUCCAGCAAGGGGUGACAGGCCUUUGCCGUGUGGACGCAAGUCAAACUGGCUUCGAUAUAUAUGCCUUAAAGACGACGUCAUCAAUCCGUUCACUCUGACGCGGACCGUCUCGGGAACUCCGAAAUCAUUAAAGUCUGAACAACAACAUCAUUCUUCCCUUUUCAUUUGAUUGCCCCCGCACUACGUUUAUCGUCAUGUCUCAGUCGGAGAUUCGCGAUGCCCGUCGGCCCUCCCAGGCCGAGAAUCAGACCAUUCUCAAAUCUGAGAUCCCGUUGAAAGAGCGCUUCUUCCGUUACUUCCAACAUGAGAUCACUGCAUUGCAAGAACAGAUGGACCGUCUCGCGGAUACCUCUCUUGUGGGAGGAGAGCGGACGGAUGCGACCGACCACUGCCUAGCUGGCAUUGCCCGGCUGUCCAACGAAGUCAAGGAUGCAGCGAGCUAUAUUCCCACAUAUGACCAGCGGAUAUAUGCGGAAGCGAUCAAGGCCCUCCAAGACAAGCUGGUAGAAACUCGGGCGACGGUCGAGCCGCGUCCUAAGUUCAGCUUCAAGACCAAGAAGAAUGCUUCGGCAAUUUCCUUGUCGGAUGCGGCCAACAUAGUAUACCACGGUCGGAGUAUGCCCGGAUACCUUUCGCCGGGGACAUCCUCCGUGGAUUCAUCUGCCGCGCAGACCCCCAACUAUCCCUCCACACCGUUAAAUGAGCCGGAGCGCAUCCUGCAACCGAGAGCCGAGAUUGCGCCGACUUCUUUCCCAGUCAUUCCCCCGAUCGACGUGGACGAAAGGGAAGAAAAGUCGAAAAACGAGAAGGGCAAGACCUUUGCGGCCACUGCUGUGUCAUCUGUGUCCGUGAACAACCAUGUUGGGCUCCAUAUCAUGCUUCCAUCCUCCGGUUCGACUGCUACGGUGCCGGCCUCUAUCACGUCCUUGCGCCAUUGCGUUGUGGAUAUGUCCAUCCCAACCGCCAACGGAAAGCCCUACGCCAGUCUGACGAUCAAGGGUGUCAAGGAGAGCUUGCUGGUUUGCGGGCAGAUCAAUGGUCCAGCCCACAUCACCGAUGUGGAGAACAGUACUAUUGUAGUCACUUGCCGCCAAUUCCGCAUGCACAACUGUGCCAACGUGGAUGUCUACCUGAGCGCAUCCAGCAAUCCGAUUAUCGAGGAUUGCACCAAUAUUAGGUUCGCCCAGAUACCAAGAGUAUACGCGCUGGACCACGACCACCCGGACAGUGAGGACCACUGGAGCCAGGUUGAAGAUUUCAAAUGGAUCAAGUCAGAACCCAGUCCUAAUUGGAGUUUGAUUCCUCGCGAGAGCGCAGUCCCCGAGGAAGUAUGGGCUGAAAUCGUCCCUGGUGGCCCAGGAUGGUCCCUCGACGACAUUUUACGCGCAAUUAACAUUGUCAACUAGUGACGCCUUUCACACAUGAAAUGGUCAUUUGUGGCUGCAUAUAGGUAUACCAAUGCAAAUGCAAAUAUUCUGUCAUGGGUGAUGAAACGUUGGACGCAGAUAACACCCUUGACUAGGGAUCUCUCCACUACUAAUUU